AUGUACGAAGAUUUAAAGGAAUUAAGUAAAUAUGAAUACAAAGAAGAAUCCGAUAGUAAUUCAGAAACUUCUGAUUCAGAAGAAGAAAUUGAAGAAGAAAUAGAUAUUUAUUUAAAUAAUAUAAACGAAAACAAUUUAAAUAAUAUAAAUACAUAUUUAAUACAAUAUCCAUUACGACCAAAAUAUAGGCCAUAUAAUUUUACAAAUAAUAUACAAAAUAUUUAUACUAGUAAAAACUACAAUAAAUUAAAACAUAUAAAAAAUAAUAUUAGUGCAAAUGAAGAAACAUAUGUAUUUGAAUAUAAAUUACAUGAAUAUGUAAAAGAUGAUAUUCAUGAGUCUAACAUAACUUAUAAAAAUGAAGCAACUGAUAAAAACAUAAGUAGAUUAAUUAGUACUAGCGUUUUAUGUGAAUAUAUUACUAAUUGUGUUUGUAUAUUUCAAUAUAAUGAGAUAAAAAAAAAAAAAGAGAUUUACAUGAUUCCAUUAAAACAUAUUUAUCAAUUUAAACCAUGUCUUGAUAAUAUUAAAUUUGAAAUGAAAUUUAACGAAAAAAAUAAAAAUGGUGAAAAUUUAACAUCUGAUUUAAAAAAUAAUAUAGAAAUAGAAAAUAAUAAAUACAUUAAUGAUAAUUCAACAAAUGAUAUAGAUACAUGGACUAACAUUGUAAAUAUAUAUGAUCCUGAUUCUUAUGAAGCCCACGAGAUAUUAUCGUUAUUCACUAAUAUUGACGAUAAAAAUAAUAUGAUUAGUUAUAAAUAUAAUGGUAAUAAUAAUAGUAUGAAAAAUGAUAUAAAAGAAAUUAAGUUUAACAAUGAUGGGUAUUUAUAUUUAAAUAAUAUAUGUAAAAAUGCAAAAGAAGAGAAUAGCAUAUUAUGCAAUAGCAGUAAUAAAGAACGCAAAUUCAAAGAUAAUAAAAAUAGUUCAUACAGAACUGAAGAAGAUAUAUAUAUGAAUAUAAAUAUGUUAUAUUUUUUUUCCUUAACAUUAGAUGAACAGUUGUUAAAAAUAUUCAGAAUAAAAAAUGUUCAACGCUUUGAUGAAGUUAAAAAAUUUAUAAAAAAAAAUGUGGAUGAUGAAUCAUUAAUAAAUACUAUAAAAAAUUAUUGUGUUAAUAUAUUAGGAUUAUGGGUUAUUAAAUCAAAAUAUUUAUAUAAAUUUUUAAAAGGUAAAGAAAAAAAAAAUGAAAAUGAUAAGAAAUUGGAAACUUUUUCUUAUGUUGAUUAUAAAAUUAGAGUUCGUGAUUUGCUAUUAGUUAUACUAUUCAAACAAGUAGAGUCUAUAUUACUUAAAUUUAUACAUGAUAGAAAAAUUCAAAAUAGUUCAAAUGAUAUGAUCAAUGAUGAUAAUUUCUCUAAAAAAAUUAAUUCUUCUACAUCUAUAAUAAUAGAAAAUUUUGAAAAGGCAACAAAUUUGUCAAAUAAUGUUUUGCUAGAAAUAUUUACUCCUCUUUGUGAAUAUAAAUACACAGGAUAUUUUUUUAAACAUAAAAUAGAUGAGAUUUUUCUUUGUAAUAAUAUAAAUUUAUGUUUAUCAUAUAAUGAGAAAUGGAAAAACAAAAUGGUUAAAAUUGCGAAAAUUAUACAAACAUACAAAAACAGUAAAAUUAUUAUCAACGAUUAUAAAUUAGACACGAGAACGUUAGAAAAAAACAUUACGGAUUUAUUGCAUAAUAAUUGCUUAUCAUUUGAUGAUAUUUAUAAUCAAAUAAAAAAAGAAGCAAAAAAUACAAGUAUUGAUUUACCAACUUUUAAUCAAGUAUUAAAUAAUAUUGGUAUAAAUAUUAAUAAUAUGUGGUGCUUAAAAAUAGAACAUGAAAACGAAUUUAACAGCUGUAGGAAUGCGGUAAUUAAUAUUUAUCAAAAUAAUCAUAAUGCUAUUUUAUCAAAAAGCGAAAUAAUUAAUGAAGUAGAAAAUUAUAUAAAAUCUUCUUUAAGUAUUCCAGAUAUUUAUUUUAGAAAUAUUUUAAAAGAAUUUUGUGUUCAAAAAAAUGGAAAAUAUUUUUUUAAAGGUAAUGAUCAAUUAAAAAACUUAUAA